AUGGUAAGGAUGUAUACUCACGCUGAACUCGAAGCCGCCGAGGGCCUGCUCCUUCUGUGGGCGAGCGGAACCCAUACAAUCACCUCGCGUGACGGCCAGGGAGCUACAAAUGUCAAUCAUCGAUUAGAGACUCUUGACGAUAUUGAACACGAGGAUCACGAUCUUCCGAUGAAAACAUGCCAUGACGACGAGGACGAACUGCUGCCUGACGCUCCUGAUCAGAGUCUACCUCACCCUCAGUCGUGCGCUGCUUCUCAGCAUGAACCGAGCAUCACCCCUAGCAACCAAGCACUCGAUAUCCCCCGCUCUCUUGUUCCCAUCCAUCAGAGUCUUCAGUCGUUGAGAAGCGUUGCCUAUGGAUCCUCAGAAGGCAGCGUUCAUGGUUUUCAUCCAGGCGUUCCUCCCUCUCACGACGAGGACGCUCAACAGUAUGCACAAAGCGACGAGCAGCGCCACUUAGCACGCAUGAUGAUUCUACACCAUGUUAAGAGCAGAUCGCCGGGAGAUGCUGAGGCUGCGCGGCAUGUCUCUAGACUUCGGGUUCUACGGUAUGCUAGCCGCCUGAGCCGCGAACAGGAGGUGGAGAGGGCCGAGCGAGAACGCGCAAAGAGCCUCUCCGCGAGUCCGUUUGGCGUUCAUCGAGCUGGUGGUCUGCGCAACACCUCCUUCGGUUACCAGAGCCCUGCAAACCAUAUGCCACCUCCGCGCAAUACACAGAAUGGGAGAAACGGCACCACCGGCCACCAACCAUCGAACCAGCCUCCGAACUCAACUGGCAAUGCCAGCGACUUGACUGCAGCCGUUAAACUAGAAGAAACCAUACCGCGUGUCGUGCCUGCUCAAUCGCUGCAGAAGUAUCUGAUCCGGCAGCAGAUCAUCGCGGGCGUUCAAGCAGAGCAGAUCACGCCUAUCCGUCCCCAGAGCAUCGUGAAUCCACCCUCUGCGCCUGUGGUGCUGCAGAUCAAAAAUGACAACGUCACUGUGCCUGAUAUUCCCCCUGCGCAAUUCAGCGGGCUGGUUAAACCUCUUGUGAUCAUGCCGCGGCCUGCUCCUGCGCUCACUGACGGACCGGUAACCGCGGAGACUGCACUGCACAGCCAUCCUGUGAAGAUGGACAUUGAAGCUGACGACAAAUCUGCUACUCCGGCUGCCAACAAGGAUGACAAGAAAUUAUCGACACCGCAGCGUCCAGCAAACUCUCGUUACCUGACACGCUCCGUUGCAAGACGCACCCGGGACCAGAACGGGCAAACCUCUGCAAAUGGCGCUCCUAUCAAGAACGACGCCACAGCAGAUGCAGCAGAGCCAGCGGCGGUCAAGCAUGAACCCAAGACCAGUCCAGCAGUAGCGCGCCCACCACGCCUCCAACCCGACAUAUCAGCCUCGGAGAACAACACCACUUUCCUCCGCGCGGUGCCCAAAGAAGAGCACACCAAAGCCACGCCCAACGAGCAGCGGCAGCAGCAGCAGCAGCAGCAGCAGCACGACCUCACCCACCCACACAAAAACUUCGACCUCCUACACGCCCUCUCAACCCAGCCCUACCUCACAGUCAUGAUCUGCGACCACCUCCUCCCAAGCGACAUCAUAACCCUAAUGGCGAUCUCCCAGCCCAUGCAUCAAACCAUCCAAACAAACCUCACAAUGAUAACCACGCACCAAGUCGACAACAUCAACACCACCACCCAGCACCACAACCGCGAACCCCCCAUCUCCGACUCCUUCCCCCUCCUCUGCUACCCACGCCAUUACUACACCCAUCCAGCCCAAACCAACCACAUAACCCCCAAACUAACCUACGCCCAAAUGCUCCUGACCCGCAGCACAACCAUAACCACCAUCACAAGCACCCUCCUCCACGCCCGCAUCUUCCUACCCCAGCAGACAGACCGCAUCCUCCACAAACUAUGGUUCCUAAUGGACAUCCCGGACAACCACCGCCGCGAAUGGACAGUCCGCAACCGCAACCUCUGGUCAGAUCUCGAUUUAUUCCUGGGUAUCUUCUUCGUGGUCCAGCUCGACGCUUACCUGGAGAAAGUCCGCGGGUUCAAGAAUCGAUGGGGCCUCGUGCGGCGCGUGUGCUUUGCGCAGCGCUCGCUCGUCGUUCUAGCGGAUUUGCUGGUCGGGAGGGGUGUUGGGUCUGGGGAUGAGGGGGGUAUGGGUUUGCGGAUGGGGCAGGGCGGUGUCAAUGGGGAUGGGAUGCUGCCCGAGGAGGAGGAUGUUGGUCCCCUGGGCUUUGAGUAUUAUGGGAGGAAGGUGACGGGGUCUGGUCAUAUGGUUAAGUUGCUUAGGCCUGAUGAGAGGAUUAUGCGGGAGGCGCUGGGGAGGGGGUUGGAUUUGCAGGGUAUGUAUAAGGGUGUGUUUGGGAAGGGGAAAUCGGAGGUGUUUGAGACUGCUGAGGUCCGGGGGCAGAGGAUUACGUGGGAUGAGCAGAUGAGGUUGGCGACUGUUAGAUCCCGGGUUGAUUGGUUGCGGGUUGUGAGGUUGGAUUCUUGAUUACCCGCUGGCGAGUUUGUGUGC